AUGUUUCAUACUUCCACGAGAAUAUCGUUGUACUCUAUUGCUAAAGAAAUGUCCUCUUUGUCUCCAAACUGGAAGAAACUUAGUUCGAAGUUCACAUCUGCUGAUGGGAGCAUAAAGAAGAGCUCAAAAUUGAGAAACAAAAGGACUAGGAAGAUAAAGGAAGAGUCUUUAAAAGACCUUGCUAGUACGAAUACAGUGAUGAUAUCGAGAACCCCAGAGUCGCCCACGAGCAUCAUAUCAAGCAUGGAGGCAGUUCUUUGGUCAUAUGAGAAUGAAAUAAGCAAAGUUGAUAUUUCAAAAAUCUCUAAUAAACCUAUAUCGAUAUCCGUGAAAGACAACAAAAAGAAAGAUGCAGGUAAAUAUAUUGCCAUAGACUGUGAGUUUGUUGGCGUUGGUCCAGAGGGUAAAGAGUCAGCUCUCGCUAGAGUUUCAGUUGUGAACUUUUAUGGAUAUGUUGUCUAUGAUAAAUAUGUGAAACCAAAAGAGAAAGUGACUGAUUGGAGAACUUGGGUUAGUGGAAUAACUCCAAAACAUAUGAAUGAAGCCUUUCCAUUUGAUAUUGUACAAAGAGAGGUGGCUGCUCUCUUUGAAGGCAGAAUAAUAGUCGGACAUGCAAUACAUCAUGAUCUUGAAGCCUUGUUUUUGUCACAUCCGAAAUGGCUUGUUAGAGAUACAUCAUUAUAUAAGCCUUUUAGGGCUAUUUCGAUGGGAAAAACACCUAGUCUCAAGAAAUUAACCUUGCACUUUUUCGAAAUUGAGAUCCAAGGAGCAGCACAUUCCUCAGUUGAGGAUGCUAGGGCAACCAUGCUCCUUUUUAGAAUGCAUAAAAAGGAUUUUGAAAGAUCCCUCAAGUUGGUAAGUACAAAGAAAUAA